AUGUAUGAACUGAAAAGUGUAACGAGUCAUACAGAAGAAUAUGAUGGCAAUUCCACCACGGAAUCGAGGACAAUGGAUAUUGAAGAAGGGGGCAUUGGAAAGAAGGAAUUUAAUUCUGCAAAAAAAAAUAAAAUCAAGUCUUGUGGGUUUUUUACAGACAACGAAAGCUCAUUUCUUGGAAAAGGAAAAAUGGCAUCAGACAAAGAUAACCAAACAAAUGCAAAAAAUAAUGUAAAAAUUACAGACAUUUUGAAGUGCCCAUGGGAAUUUCACACAAAUUUUGUCAGUAUGAUUUUAUUUAUAAUAGGAAGUACAUUCUUUCUUUACCCAAAGUUAUACGUAGCUGGCUGUAUCAUUUUUGCCAUAGCAUGUGUUAUGUGUGUUUAUAGCAAUGUAAUCGGUGCUCUCAACGUUGGCAGGGAAAAGAAAAAUGAAUUCCUUGGGUAUGUAUGUUACGUAAUCGGCUGUGUUAUUUUUAUAAUAGGUUCAAUUUAUUGCUGUUUUAAGGAAGACUUUUUUGCAAUUAUGACCUUCGUUGUAGGAAGUAUUUUCUUCCUCGUUGGAGCCCUCUUUUUUAUUAUUGCCAUAGAUUUUGACAAAAUAAAAAGCAUGAAUUAUAAGGUUUUAGUUGUUUACGUGUCCAAUUUAGUUGGGGGAUUUUUGUUUACGAUUGCCAGCAUUCUUUUUUUUUACCCCAGCUGGUACAAUUCAGCUUGUUACAUGUACGUCGCGGGCAGUUCGCUUUUCACCCUGGCCACGUGGUUCGACUACGUCAUUUACGUAGCC